AUGAAUUUCAUUUCUAAUUCGUUAUUCAUUGCAGAACAAAUAAUAGUAUGUGAAGGUGAAUUAGCAAAUAUUACCUGCCCGGACAACAAAUUUAUCAUAGUUUUAUUAGCGAAUUAUGGUCGAUUUACAUUGUCACAGUGCAAUCCAGCGCAUGAUACAGAGUUAAGUGUUACCUGUCAUAACGACAAAACACUCGGAAUUCUCCAAUCAAGGUUAAAUUUUCUAUUGCGAUGA